CUAGUCUUGCAGUCAACUUUAAACUCUACAGGAAAAGAUGUCCGGGAAAUCAUCAAGUGAUAUUUCAGAUGACGGAUCCGAUCGAACUUUUCAGAAAGUUGUUACACUGCAAAAGAAAUACGGGAAAACUGGUUCCAUUAAGUGUGAAAAUGGAGCCCUGUAUAUUGGGGAUUUCGACGAAUUUGGCGUCAAAACUGGAUUAGGUCAUAUGGAAAUUCCCAACGGUUCUACCUACGAUGGAACAUUUAAUAAGGGAUUGCCAAAUGGGGUCGGAGUUAUGAGGUUUCCCGACAGUUCAAGAUAUGAGGGGGAGUUUAUGCAGGGUUGGUUCCAUGGACAUGGUGUGUACAGUACUAUAGAUGGUAUGAAGUAUGAAGGGGAAUUCCGAGGAGGGAAGAUCUGGGGAAAUGGUUUAAUGACUUACUCUGAUGGAACGCCAAGCUCAGAAGGAUACUUCCAGGAAACUAAAUUCAGGUCAAUUAAACUUUAUUGAUAAAUA